AUGAGAUAUCAAGCCGCACGGUGUGCUCACCGAUUAGGCAUACUGCUCCCCACACAUCCAAACCCCCUUUCACUUUCUCACCCGCCUCCUUUCAUCCCUCGCAUCUCCCCUUCACAAGGCGCUAUACGCGCGCCAUAUCGGACAGUCAUGUCAUCGGCAGAUUGGACCGCACCCUUGCGGGAUUUUUCUUCCAAAGAUCCCCCAGUAUUUGAGCCUUCUGUAGAAAUCGAGGAGGAAACUCUCCCAACCUACCAGCCGGAAAAGUACUACCCGGUACGACAGGGAGAGGUACUCGAUGACAGGUACCAAGUGCUGGCCAAGCUCGGUUACGGAGUGACAUCAACUGUCUGGCUAGGUCGCGACCUUCGUGACUCCAAGUAUGUGGUGCUCAAGAUAUAUAUCACUGGUCAAAAAAAGAACCAUGAGCUGGAGAUCUACAACCGCAUAAAUGCUGUAGAAGUUGAGCAUCCAGGGAGUGAUCUUGUUCGCAGGCUCUUCGAUUAUUUCACCAUCACCGGGCCCCACAGCCCUCAUGUUUGUCUCGUUCAUGAACCCAUGGGUAUAAGUGCAGAUACACUCCUGCAAAAAUACAUUCCUGGACAAACAAUGACUCUGGACGAAAUGAAGUCUUGUAUCAGGCAGCUACUGAUCGUUCUGGACUUUCUGCACUCUGCUGCUCAUAUAGUGCACACCGAUCUUCAAUUGAAGAAUUUGCUUCUCCCUAUCCCAGAUAUCAAGACACUCGAGGAUCUCGAAGAGCGGGAAGUCAAUGAUCCAUCACUCAGAAAGGUGCUCAAAGACAGAACAAUCUACCUAUCUACUGUCGACAACCCCGGGGGGAGUGGCCUACCUCUACUAAGUGAUUUCGGCGAAGCCCGCUUUGGCGAUGUCGAGAACAGUGAUGACAUUAUGCCGAAUAUGUACAGAGCGCCUGAAGUUGUUUUGAAAGAGAGCUGGGACUACAAAAUCGAUAUAUGGAAUGUUGCUAUGGUGGCAUGGGACAUCGUAAGUCCUCGUCACAUGUUCGACGGCAGAAAUGCAGAUGGCAUCUUCGAUGACCGAGUACACCUUGUGGAGAUGAUAGCGCUCAUGGGACCUCCUCCGGCGAGGUUCCGCGAGCGGUAUGAACAGGGCAAUUGGAAGGACUUGGCGCCGAUCCCGGAUAUUUCUCUUGAAAGUUUAGGUACCGACAUUCCAGGGGAGAAUAAAGAGGGGUUCUUCCGGUGGCUGAGAAAGGCCUUGCAGUGGAAUGCAGAGGAUCGACCGACUGCGACAGAAUUCUUGUUCGAUGAGUGGUUGAUGGAGGGACUCAGACGGCCGAAUACUGAGGAGACGAAGUCCUAA